AAUGUGUUAUGGAGUGCAAUUUAUACGUCAGAGGAUGCAUCAACCGAGAAACACCUUCACGUGACGCGCACAAUACACCAGCCCUUCUCUGUCAUAGGUAGCCGCCUCCGCUCGGUCCUGCUCGAUCUAGUGGUGGACCAAUACGAUCCAAGGAAUCAAUCAGUCAAUCAACACUUGUGGGUCACCGAAAAACACACCGAUACGGCCAAGACAGUGGCGUUUAUCCACAUCACCUCCACGCACACCAUACAGCAUGGAGUGACGACAGCCCUCUUCAUGCCGUCAGUCAGAAGCAGCAGUCACAGUCGAAUGGACACAGGGGCGUCCCGCCACCCUGACCUGACAUGACACAUGCAUCCAUCGGCCACACAACAUCUGUCGGCCUGCCUGCCUGCCUGUCUGCACGCCUCUCUGGUGGUGCACAUCACACACGCGUACCUAUCCUCAGCUCUUCCUCGGUGUAGAUGGGCCAGCCCUCCUCGGUGUACCUCCGCGGCCUGUUCGCCAGGCUCAGGUCCUCGUCGAUGGAUGACGGCUGCUUCGGCCGACGGCCCCUCCUGGCCACCGAACUAUCCCCUCUCACUUUGUUGCCGCCGCUGGUGGUGGCUGUUUUCGCCUGCUGGGUGGGCUCGGACUUGUGUUUCCUCUUCAGGCGGCUGAAGAGAGCGUCGAUUUGUCGACCAUCUGUGGCUGCUGCUGACGAUGGCGAGGGGCCGAGGGAUGAGGGGGCGGCCUCAGCAGCAGCUGAUGAUGGGAGAGGGGCAUCUGGGCUCUUGGCUCGUUGCCGCUUCUUGGUCGGAUUGGCCUUGGUUGUUGGUUGCGGUUUCCUUGUCGUCAGCGGUGUGGUGGUGAUCUUUCUGUCCUUCUUCUUGCUGAUCUCUUCUCUCUUGACCAUUGUCCCUCUCGCCUCUUUACUCUUCUCGUGUGCAGCCUUGGCUGCCUUGCCCUUCAUUUCCUCCGUAUGUUGC